AUGCUUGGACCCGAAUUCAUCUUCAUGUUGGCGUUGGGUCAAUACGUAUCUGCUCGUGCUUCAGUGAAAGCGUUUCAUGCAUUGGAGCACAAAGAAUGGACAAUGAAGCAUGCAUUCUAUGCGGACAUGGGCGGCAUUAUCUUCCAACCCAAAGAAUGGAACUCAUUCCCAAUCAACGCUGCGCAGUUGCAAUAUCUGGUAGAAAAACAAUACGUUGAUUACCCUCAAAUCGCAAAGAGCGAGAUCGAUGAUAAAGACAAGUCCGAUGGUCUUGCGAGGUUUGUGGAGGUCAACGUCUCACCGCCAGUGGUCCCCUUGACUUACAUUUGCUUUUCUAGGUUCAUCACCUCCAUGCAAAUGAUCUGGUUUACCCUCAACGUUGUCGCAAGAGCGUCGCAGAAGCUGGCUGUCACGACCAUAGAAAUCACAACAGUAGCUUAUGUCUUUUGCACGCUCGGCACAUUGUUCUGUUGGAGAAGGAAACCCAUGGAGGUCUCCACUAGGGUUCUGCUUCGAAGCAAUUACACAAUCCACCAGAUCCUCAGAGACGGUGGGCGCGCCGCCUCGAAACCAUACGUAAACACCCCUCUCGAGUUUAUCGAUCACAAGGAGUGGGCCGCGACACAGCUUUGGAAGUUUAAUGUCAACAUUCUGCGCAAGUUUCACGUGGUCCGACAGCGGCCGUUAAUCCGUCCGGCGCAGAGGAUUUCGUCGUUUAAUUUCCCACGACUCACCCAGCAGGCUGCCUUGGGGGCUUUGUUGAUGGCGUUGGGUUAUGCCGCUAUAUUCCUAGCGGCCUGGAAUUUGGAUUUCCCUUCCUCAGCCGAGUGCCUGCUUUGGCGGAUCUGUACAGCCGCAACAGUCGGACUUACCUUCAUAACUGGUGUCGUUGAGAUUUUUCUUGCUCCAACCAAAAUCGACCGAGACAUAUCAGACAAUUGUGUAGAGAAAGAAGCCCCCCGACGUGAUAUUAAUCAUGGGGUGUUAUCAACAUCUGCUGAGACUUCAAAAACAAACCCCACGAUGUCUUCCACACUUUUACCUUCCUUCUUCAAACACCAAGAGUGCCAGACACAGGCAAAGAAAGGGACAUCUGCGAAGACCUUUUUCAGAAUCCCGUCGAAAACCAUCACCCGCUUCAACAUACCGCUGCACUCGCUCCUGAUCACGGAACUCGCAUGUGCGAUUUACAGUGUCUGCCGCAUCUGCAUUCUCACCGAGGAUCUCGUUGGUUUAAGGGCUCUGCCUCCAAGCACUUUUCAAAAUGUGGACUGGGCAGCUUAUUGGCCGCAUAUAUAG